AUGGACAAUCAAUUCGCAACUACACCAGUACUACCAGCACCAGCUAGCGACCCGUGUAUUCCAAAUCCUUGUGGACUUUAUUCUGAAUGUAGAAAAAUUAGUACUCAAGCUGCAUGCUUUUGCAAGGCUAAUUACAUAGGAUCACCACCAAAUUGUCGUCCAGAAUGUGUUGUUAACACAGACUGUCCUUCCAACCAAGCAUGUAUUUCAGAAAAAUGUAGAGACCCAUGUAUUGGUUCUUGUGGGCAAAAUGCAGACUGCCACGUGCAAAAUCACAUCCCAACAUGUGGUUGUCAACCAGACUACACAGGAGAUCCAUUCACUCUUUGUUCUCCAACCGAUGUUAUACAACUUCCACCAAAGUCUGAUGACUCAUGUCAAUGCGGUACAAAUGCUGAAUGUGAGAAUGGCAUCUGCAAAUGUUUACCAAAUUAUCUUGGAAAUCCGUACAUAUUUUGUCGACCAGAAUGUACAAUGAAUUCAGAUUGUUCGAGGAACAAAGCUUGUAUGAACCAGCGUUGCCGCGAUCCUUGCAUAGGGACUUGUGGUAACAAUGCAAGAUGCAAUGUUGUCAAUCAUAUUCCAAUGUGCAGCUGUUCUCCUGAUAUGACGGGCAAUCCUUUUUCACAAUGUAAACUAAUUAUCAAAGUACCAGUUACUCAACCAUGCUCGCCUUCACCAUGUGGACCAAAUAGUUUUUGUAAAGUUGUAGAAAAUCAUGCGGUUUGUUCUUGUCAGGCUUCAUUUACAGGAAGUCCACCUACAUGUAGACCCGAGUGCGUGGUCAGUGCUGAAUGUCCUUUAGAACAAGCUUGUUUAAAUAAUAAGUGUCAAGAUCCUUGUCCUGGUUCUUGUGGUCGGAAUGCCAAAUGCCAAGUUAUAAAUCAUAAUCCAAUUUGUAGUUGUGACGAAAGAUUUACUGGUGACCCUUUUACAAACUGUUAUCUUACUCCAAUCGAACCAGGAAAACCAGAAAAUCCAUGCUUACCAUCUCCUUGUGGUCCCAACGCUGAAUGUCAAGUGCGUGACGAAUCCUUUGCUUGUUCGUGCUCAUCAAAUUACAUCGGCGUGCCACCUAAUUGUAGACCUGAAUGUACCAUAAAUCCGGAAUGCCAACCUCAUCUUGCUUGUAUGCAACAACGCUGCCUCAAUCCCUGUGACGGAGUGUGUGGUAUCAAUGCUCAAUGUAGCGUUGUUAAUCAUAAUGCCGUCUGUUCUUGCAAUGAUAACUAUGAGGGAGAUCCAUUCUCUUUCUGUCAACUUAUUACAACGGAACCAGGACAACAGACAACGUUACAACGACCUUGCUCACCAUCACCCUGUGGAUCUAAUACCUAUUGCCGCGAACAGCACGACUUGGCAUUGUGUGAAUGCCUACCCAAUCAUAGAGGGGACCCUUAUGUUGGCUGCUACCCUGAAUGCCUGGUCAACAGCGAUUGUCCAAACUCUCAAGCUUGUCUCCGACACAAGUGUCAGGAUCCAUGCGAUGGAACGUGUGGCAUUGACGCUAUUUGUAGCAUUUCGAAUCAUGAGCCUAUAUGCAGCUGUCCUUACCCCAAAGUUGGAGAUCCGUUUAAUGCUUGCAUUACUCCAAUACAAGUAUUGACAAGCCCAUGCCUUCCGAACAUAUGUGGACCUCAAACAACAUGCGAGAAUGACAAUGGCAAAGCAAUAUGUCACUGCUUACCCGGAAUGCAGGGCGAUCCAGCAGAUGUGGCUGGCUGUCAUCCAGAAUGCGUACUUAGUUCUGACUGCCCGAGUGACAAAGCUUGUGUGAACUACAGAUGCAAAGAUCCCUGUCAGAAGAACGUCUGCGGAGUAAAGGCCGUAUGUAAAGCUGUCAAUCACAGUCCACUAUGUAGCUGUCCAAUAUCACAUAUUGGCAAUCCAUUCAUUGAGUGUUAUCUGAAAGAAGAGCCAGAUCCAUGUAAUCCUAGUCCAUGCUCGAGCAACGGAGAGUGCCUUGUGCGCAAUGGAGUACCAUACUGCACAUAUCCUGAGUGUGUUGUUAACUCUGAUUGUUCACGAGACAGAGCUUGCUUUUUACAAAAAUGUCACGAUCCUUGUAUCGGUGCUUGCGGUAUCAACGCGAUUUGCCGUACCAUCAAUCACAAGGCCAUUUGCUCAUGCUCAACAGGAUUCAUGGGUAAUGCAUUCUUAGAAUGUCGAGCUGUAGUCGAACAACUGAUACAGCCGGAAUGUAGAGAUAACUCGGAUUGUAUAAAUGAUAAGACAUGCUACAAUCAAAAGUGCAUCAGUCCGUGCUCACUCGACACCUGCGGACAAAACAGCCAGUGUCAUGUUCAACUCCACAGGGCUGUUUGCAUUUGUUCAGAAGGAUAUACUGGAAAUCCGCAUCAGUACUGUAGAGAACUUGGCUGCCGUAGCAAUGACGAAUGUCCUCUCAGUCAGUCCUGCAUCAAUAGCCAGUGUAUCGACUCCUGUUUGGUUACUCAGUGUGGCCUAAAUGCACUUUGCCAAGUCGAUGGUUACCACAAAGGCCGAUGCUACUGCCAGGAUGGCUACUUUGGCAAUCCUUACGAGCAUUGUAAGAGACCUCAGUGCACAAUGGAUCAAGAGUGUGCUUAUAACUUGGCCUGUCGAGAUCAGCGCUGUGUUGAUCCCUGUGAUUGCCCUAACGGUGCUGAGUGUUUCGUAGUUAACCAUAGACCAGUUUGUCGCUGUCCACCUGGUUAUACUGGUGAUGCUUACUCUGGAUGUAUCAAGGAAGUUACAGAAUACGCAGAAUGCAAAGUAGAUGCAGACUGCCCAAGCAAACUGGCCUGCUUCAAUAGCAUUUGUAAAAACCCUUGUGUGGUGUCUCAACCAUGUAUAUCAAAUGCCAAAUGCACUGUAAUCGACACAUUACCCAUGAGAACAAUGAUAUGCGGAUGUUUAUCUGAUUUCAUCGGAGACGCAACGAAAUCUUGCGUUAAGGUGGAUACAUCGAUAGAUGAUUACUGUCGAUCAGACUCCGAUUGCCCAUUCCAUAAGGCUUGUUUAAAUAGACAUUGUGUCAGUCCUUGCCUUGCCAAUCCUUGCGCACACACUGCUGAGUGUCAAGUAAAAAAUCAUCGCCACGUAUGUGAAUGCACACCCGGAUUUGUUGGAGAUCCAUACAUCGACUGUUAUCCAGUUACAGAUACAAUACCUCAUCCAGAAUGUACAUCAAAUUCUGAAUGUCCAGCUGAAAAAGCUUGCAUUAACAACUUAUGCCAAAACCCAUGUAUGAACAACCGGUGCGGUUUGAAUGCUGAGUGUAUUACUAUUCAUCAUCAUCCAACUUGCCACUGCCAACAAGGAUUAGCUGGAAACCCACAAAUUCAAUGUUUUGAAACCGAGUGUAACUUGGACAGCGAUUGCCCUUAUGAUAAAUCUUGCCAAAACAAUGUCUGUAUAACGCCAUGCUUAGCUGAUAACAUAAUUUGUGGUCGGGGUGCUGAAUGCAUCGCAGUUGAUCACCAAGCUCAAUGUACAUGCCCUACGGGAACUCAAGGUGACGCCAAAAUCGCCUGCACUAUGGCCCGUUGCCAAUACAAUGAAGACUGUGCAGAUUACGAGGUUUGCGAAAGGUUUAAUAAGAUAUGUCGACCAGUAUGUGACGACAAUAGCUGUGCUGAGGGAGCUAUUUGCGAGGCUCAAGCGCACCAGCCAAAAUGUCAUUGCAAAUAUGGUACUCAUGGCAAUCCUUAUGUUGAGUGCAUUGAUGGUAAGAGUGACCUACCAAAACCGCAAUGUUCUACUGAUGGCCAAUGUCAAUCAAACCAAGCCUGCAUCAACGCCAUUUGCCAGGAUCCGUGUGCUCUAUCUAACAUAUGUAGUGAAGAACAAGAGUGUCGAGUUCUUGGUACAGUGCCAGUACGCACAAUGAUCUGCCAAUGUCCCCCAGACACAGUCAUCGAUAUUAGCGGCAAAUGCAAACAGAUCGAAUAUACCCCACAAUGCACGUCAGACGACAAAUGCCACCAUAAUGACAAAUGCUUCAAAGGUACAUGUAUUGGUGCCUGUCAUAUUACUCAGUGUGGCUAUAAUGCACUCUGUCAACCCUUAAAUCAUGUCGGACAAUGUUUCUGCCCUAAAGACUACACUGGAAAUCCACAUAUUGAGUGUUCAUCAGUUCCAAUCACGUCAGUGCAACCAGUGCAACCAGAAUGUUAUUCUAAUGACGAAUGUAGCGAUGACAGACAGUGUACAAAUUCGUUGUGCACGAACCCAUGUGUGGUGAGUAAUGUCUGUGGAUUAAACGCUUUGUGUCAUGUUAAUAAGCACUUCCCAGUUUGUAAAUGCCCUGACAACUAUAUGGGGGAUGCCAAGUUUAAAUGUAUACCACCUGCCAUUGUUGCUGAAUGUCGAUCAAACAAGGACUGUACGGGAACUGAAUCUUGUUUCAAUGAUUUAUGUAUUAAUCCGUGUAAUUGUGGGCCAAAUGCCAAAUGUACAGUCACUGAUCACUACCCAUCAUGCGUUUGCUUACCAGGAUACUCUGGUAAUCCGCAAAUCGGAUGUAUACAACUUGAAUGCGAGUCAGACACGGACUGUCCAUACAUAGAUACAUGUUUCAACAACCAGUGCAUCAAUCCAUGUAUUUUGGAAAAUCACUGCACUAUAAAUGCUGAAUGCUAUGGUCAGAACCAUCGAGCUAACUGCAAGUGUCGGGUCGGCUACGUCGGCAAUCCAGAACUUCAAUGCGAGCGUACUGAGUGCACUACUGACUAUGAUUGCCCAUCUAGCUUAUCAUGUCAAAAUAAUCGUUGCAUCAACCCAUGUGCUAUUCAGUCACCUUGUGCCCAGAACGCAAUAUGUUAUGUGACCAAUCAUGCAGCAGCCUGUCGUUGUCCGGAAAAUCUUUUCAUGGGCAACCCUUAUUCAUACUGUGAACGUCCAUUGGUCGAAGAAGUACCUCAGCCAGAAUGCAAAAGGGACUCUGACUGCACAACUAAACUGGCUUGUAUGAAUGAAGUAUGCGUUGAUCCUUGUCCAAUAAUUAGGCCAUGCACAGAAAGUGGACGUUGUACAGUUCUUGAUACUGUGCCUGUAAGAACCAUGGUUUGUACCUGCCCUACUGGUUGGAUCACCAACUCUGAUGGAGUAUGUAAACCAAUCCAACUGCAGAGUCGCGAAGCCUGUACCUCAGAUGAUGACUGUGUCGAUCAUGAGUCAUGUAUUAAUCGUCAAUGUCGUAAGCCAUGCAGUUGCGGACAAAAUGCUGUUUGUCAAGUCAAAAAUCAUCGAGCUACCUGCUCAUGUCAACCAGGCUAUGAGGGCAAUCCUGAUGUAGCUUGUCAAAGUGCCGAGUGCAAGCGUGACUCAGAAUGUGCCUCAGAUAAAUCCUGCGUGAAUGGACAAUGUAUCAGCCCGUGUCUAUUAUCAGAUGUGUGUGGUCCUCAUUCUGAAUGUUACGUGGUGAACCAUAUCACUGAAUGCCGCUGUCGCUCUGGCUAUUAUGGUGAUGUACAACUCAGUUGUCGAAUUAUUGGAUGUUACAGCAAUAGCGACUGUCCAAGUAAACACGCUUGUGUUAACAUGCUUUGUGUUGAUCCUUGUUUGAGAGAUAAUAAUUGCGCUCACAGGGCUGAAUGCCACGUUAGAAAUCAUCUACCCGUCUGUAGAUGUCCACCAGGAUACAUGGGUAAUCCCUACAUAGCCUGCCAGCCUGAAGAACAGCCAGAGUGCCAUGAAGAUUGUGAUUGCUCAGACCAAAUGGCAUGUCUAAAUAACCACUGUCAAAAUCCUUGCGAAGUUAUUGAACCAUCCUUCCCGUGA